AUGAUGACAAGACAGAUGCUUCGAAUGCUUCGAGCAGAGAAGAGGAGUGGCAAGCUGGAGCAAGAGAAACUUCCAAUGGUCGCCAAACAAGUGGAGCGCUACUUGCAUACACAUUCGAGAUUCUCAAAGGGAGAAUCUGUUUAUUUCACAAAAUUGAAAGAGCGAGCAGUCCACGAGGCACUUGCCAUCACGACUUCCACCAAUAAAUUCAGGAAGCCUGAUGAAUCCCGCAAAGUCGUUCCAAACAUCGGUUUGGGGAAUCUGAAAUCGGGACAGCAACAGCUAGUUCGACUUUUCCAUGCCAGCAGAUGUCAAACUGAAAGCUGCGAAAAUGAGAUGCUGCGAAAGUGCAUGGAAACCAAACAUCUGUGGAAGCACUUGGCCUAUUGCAAAGAUUGCGAGUGUGCCGUCAAUAACUGUUUUGCAUCGAGAAAGCUGCUGAGCCAUCACAGACUAUGCAAGGAUUUGUCAUGUUUGUUAUGCCGUCCGAUUCGAGAAAUUGCAGGACUUGUUUGA